CUUUAAUCCCACCAAGUUGUCUGGAGGGGCAAAACAGAAUCAAAACGAGCCAGGGGAAGCGAGCAGGCACGGCAACGAGGACGAUGAGUACUGCAGCAGCCGGACCUGGGCCUCUCCUCCUCUGACAUGAAGGUUAUGCUGCAAGCAAGCUUGGUUUUCUUGGAGUUAAUAGGAGUAUGUUUUGAAACUCAAAGUUAGAUCACUCCCCAAUCAUGAGUCAGAAGUAUCAGGAAGAGGCAUCAGGAGAAACAGGCGAGGAGCAGAAGGCACCUCCGAGGAGCAGGCAGCCAAACGGGACGACAGCCGGGGAUCCUCCUGUUCGCCGCUCCUGGAGGCCGUGCCAGAUGCUCAACCAAGACGGGGAACCAAAUCCUCAUCAUCACCAUCACCACCACCACCCUCCUCACCACCACCACAUCCAUCCGCCCUCAGGGCGGGGACCUCCUCGGCAUCGCCGGCGGCCUCCGCCAGGGCAGGGUCAGGCUCAGAGUCCUGUUCUGUCUCCAGAGGGGGUGGCACCCAGGCUGGAUGGGGGCGAGAGUCGAGAUGGUGAGCCUCGUCCUGUCCAGCAGCCCCGCCCUGGUGUUGCCCGUUAUCGCCGCCAUGGUGACCCUAACCCAAGACAAAGAGGUCACAGACAGAGGCAGCCCAUCAGAGAGACGCAGGAUACUUCACCUGUGGAGGAAAGGGAGGCACCAGGAGAGGUGCAGCAACCUAUUAGUGGAAAAGCUCAGGCAGUGGAUGAUCCUGUGAUGGACCAAUCAGAGGAGAGCGCAUAUUCUCACCAGACUCCCAUAGCUGUCGUCACACCCACUCACCUCGCACCUGAAUCAUUUGCCCAAAACAAGCAGCAUCCACCCCAACACGCUCCUCCUGCUGAGGCAGAGGAGGACCAGGAGCUCCAGGACAGUAAAGCUGAGUGUGAAGAGGAGGAAGCAGAGGAAAAAAAUGAAGAAGAAGAAGAAGAAGAACAGGCUGAGGAUGAUGCUGACCAUCUCUCCACUACAGCUCACUUCAGCUGUAGCCAUGAUGACGUGCAGACUGCAGAUGAUGGAGCGGAGGAUGAAGCUGAAAGGGUGGAGGAGGAUCAUGAAGAGGCGAUGGAGGAUGUCGCUGAGGACAUUGCAGCACAGGGAAGUGAAAUCACCGACCUCUGCUCUGACACGGAAAGCGCCGCCUCCCUCAGCAUGGAUGGACCUCUGCACAGCCCGCCACCGCUCCACUCACCAACUCCCCCUUCCUCCCCUGAUGUCCCACCUUUCCCCCAGCUGGACCAUUUCAGUGAGGAGACGAGUAUGAGCCCGCUGCCAGACAAUGACCUCCUACCUGAGGAAGAUGAUGAUGAAUGCUCUGAAUCAUGCUCACUGUCACAGUUCACAUCUGGCUCUGAAUCGUAUCCGAAGACCUAUGCAGACUUUUAUUCAGAGUCCCACCAAAAAUCCUACCAGGAGCCCAUGUAUGAGUCAUACCAAGAGCCAAAAUCCCAUCCUAACUCUUUUCCAGAGCCACUUAAGACCUCCUACCCUGAGUCACAUCGAGAACCUCGCAGGCAAACCAGAUGGAGGGUUGAGCCCAACGAGUCCCGCCAGGAGCCGUUUAGCAGCCAUAGACAGGAGAAUGUACAAAAAGGGGCUCCACCUUCCCCCACCAAGGGCUCCCAUUAUGCCCCAAGACAGGGCAGAGACCGCGUUUCCCAUCACUCCCCUCUGGAUCGCUCUGUCGGCUGCCGGCUGCACCACUACGAUGGACAGUCUGAUGGCGAGGGAGACGGCGGUAAUCGAAGUCCUGUUCCCAAAAAUCGCAGGCAGACUCAGAGAGCAGGAGAAAACCAGGCUAAGACUCAGUCAUCUGGGCAGAGCAGCUCGGGUGACACCCAUGAGGAGAGGAACACAGUUGGUAACCAAGGAGAGGAGAGUGUCAGGGGAUCAGGAGACGCCAUCAGCCUGGCCAUUAAAGACAUUAAGGAGGCCAUAGAGGAGGUGAAGAUUAAAGCGGUACGCUCCCCGUACACACCUGAUCAGCCUGUUGAGCCCAUUUGGGUGAUGAGGCAGGAGAGCAGCCCCACAGAGGACCUUUACCCACUACAGACUACAGCAGGACAUUCCUCUCCUCACUCCCCCACGCAGUCGGCGUCUGAGUCUCCAUCCCGCUACGCCUCGGUUCCAGUUCGGGAGCCGGUCAGUCCGCUGAGAGCUGACUCAGCCCGUGCACUUCCUCCUCAACAUUAUCACCAACAGCAGCCCCAACACAACCACCACCAGGGUCAGCACUCACAGCAGAGAGACACGGGCAGGCCGCCGCAGACGUAUGCACAACCACAACAGUAUGCUAACAUGCCGCCUAAUCAGCAUCAACAACGUCAGCAGCAACAGCAGCGUCAACAGCCUCCAGCUCAGCAGCAGCGACCACAAGCUCAGCCCACAACACCUCCACAGCCACCGUCUGUCCAGGAGAUUCGCAGAUCUCUGCCUCAGUUUCCAACAUUUGUGGACGUCCCAGGACCAUGCGACCCUGAAGACCUUAUUGACGGCAUCAUCUUUGCAGCCACCUACCUGGGCUGCACCCACCUUCUGUCAGAGAGGACGCCUACAAAGAGCGCCCGCAUGCAGCAGGCUCAGGAGGCCAUGAACAGAGUGCGGGCAGCUCAGAAGCAGGCAAAGAACAGAAAGAAGAGUCCUGAUGGAGAGGCUCCCUCCACGGCUGAAGUCGAUCUGUUCAUGUCCACACAGAGGAUUAAAGUCCUCAAUGCGGACACUCAGGAGGCUUUAAUGGACCUUCCCCUGAGGACGAUCUCCUACAUAGCCGACAUCGGUAACAUGGUGGUUCUGAUGGCUCGGGGGAAGAUGGUUCGAUCUCGUAGCGCGCAGGAAAACCUGGACCACAGUGCCGAGCAAACCACCAUGGGCCAUGACGACAGACGGCUGUACAGGAUGAUCUGCCACGUCUUUGAGUCUGAAGAUGCUCAGCUGAUCGCUCAGUCCAUCGGUCAGUCUUUCAGCGUCGCCUACCAGGAGUUCCUCAGGGCCAACGGUAUCGACCCUGAGGACCUGAGCCAGAGGGAAUACAGCGACCUGCUCAACACUCAGGACAUGUACAACGAUGACCUCAUCCACUUCUCCAAGUCAGAGAACUGUAGAGACGUUUACAUUGAGAAGCAGAAAGGAGAGAUCCUGGGAGUGGUCAUUGUGGAGUCUGGAUGGGGGUCCAUCCUUCCUACUGUCAUCAUCGCCAGCAUGAUGCACGCCGGCCCGGCUGAGAAGUCUGGUCGGCUUAACAUUGGAGACCAGAUUAUGACCAUCAACGGAACGAGUCUUGUGGGAUUACCGCUCAACACCUGUCAGAGUAUCAUCAAGGGUUUGAAAUCUCAGUCCAGGAUCAAGAUGAACAUCGUUCGGUGUCCUCCAGUCACCAUGGUGCUCAUUCGCAGGCCAGACCUCAGAUACCAACUCGGAUUUAGCGUCCAGAAUGGUAUUAUCUGCAGUCUGAUGAGGGGCGGCAUCGCUGAGAGGGGAGGUGUCCGUGUCGGUCACAGGAUCAUUGAGAUUAACAGUCAGAGUGUGGUGGCCACUCCUCACGAGAAGAUCGUUCAGAUUCUCUCCAAUGCCAUGGGAGAGAUCCACAUGAAGACGAUGCCUGCAGCCAUGUACCGUCUGCUGACAGCACAGGAGCAACCCGUCUACAUCUGAACACACCGACACUUCUCACUCUUUUUCACCAUGACUCAGUCUAUCUUUGCUACUCUCCAUCCAUCUCCCAGUUAUUUUAAAUUCCCCUCUCUCCCCCUCUCUGUAUCCUGUUUGAUAUCACUUGACUUGCCUUAAUCUGUACAGUACUCUGUCAUGUAAACAUGUACAUCAACAGUGUGACAGAACGCAGAUUAUCUCACUAGGCCGAGUGUUAACGUGAUGUGUUAUGUUUGACCAAAGAGAAAUUGUGGAUUUUAUUGUUCAUAUUUAGGUGGAGAACAGAGUAAAUAUUAUCUUUGGUUAAAUAGCUGUAAUAUCUGAAUGUACUCCAAUAUGUUGGACCUAUAAAAUGUCAGGGCCACUCAGACCAUAAACAACUUUAAAAAGGUGUCAUGUAAAAGGAGAAUGCAUGUACAAAUCUGCUGAAUAAACUCGG